AUGGCCACGGCCCACGAGGCCAACGAAGAUUUCCUAGAAGCAGCCAAGUGCCUCGCCGAGAUGCCUCUCGACUCCUCCCAACGCAAAGUCUCGCCCGCCGACCGCGCCCGCGUCUGGAUCCGCAUCGCCCGCAACUACCUCGAGGUCGACGACACGACGGCCGCCGAGACGUACGUCAACAAGCUCAAGAACAUCAUGCACGACGUCGCCGACGAGAAGCCCCACGACGCCCGCGACCUCGACCUCCACUUCCGUCUCAGCCAGGCCCGCGUCUACGACGCCAAGCGCGACUUCCUCAACGCCGGCGCCCGCUACCACGACAUCAGCCUGUCGCCCGCCAUCGCCGAGGACGAGCGCCUGCACACCCUGAGCAUGGCCGUCAAGUGCGCCAUCCUCGCCCCCGCCGGCCCCAUGCGCGCCCGCACCCUCGGCCGCCUCUACAAGGACGAACGCGCCGCCGCCCUCGACGAGUCGACAAGUUCGCCCAGGGCCUGCAGCCCCACCAGCUCGCCACCACGGCCGACGGCUCCACCGUCCUCGCGCGCGCCGUCGUCGAGCACAACCUCCUCGGCGCCUCGCGCCUCUACGCCAACAUUGGCAUCGGACGCCCUCGGCGUCCUGCUCGGCCUCGACGCCGACAAGGCCGAGGAGACGACGGCCCGCAUGAUUGAGCAGGGCCGCCUCGUCGGCCGCAUCGACCAGAUGGACCGCAUCAUCUGGUUCGAGCGCGGCGAGGCCUCUGGCCAAAAGGGCAGCGGCCGCGCCGAGGUCGUCGUCGGCAAGGAGAUGCGCCAGUGGGACGCCAACAUUCAGAGCGUCGCCGAGGAGGUCGAGAACGUCACCAAUGCCCUGCAGAAGGAGUUUCCCGACUUUGUGGCGAAGAACCUCCUCGUGUGA